AUAUCAUAUGCACUUCUUUGCCGUGUGGAUGUGACCGCUGUGUGACUCAUGAAUGGCUUGAAUAUCUGAGACCAAAUGCGGAACUUCUGUGCUAGAUACUUCAAGUCGAUAUAAGCCAACCUCGAUCCACACUGAUCCGUUCGAGCCGGGAAUCAUCGAAAUGAAUAGCAUUUGCGAACACAAGGAGCAGAUUGGUUGUGCCUUGACAGCGUUGCCGAGAUGCUGCUCUUGCGCCGACAAGAGACCCGUCGCAACUGCUUAUCCUAUUUACGUCGAUGGCAAAGGCAUGAAACUCCAGGGAAAGCGCUGGCAACGUUACUGCUGGAAGUGCCGUGAUUAUUGGAAUUUUAUAUCAGAAAGUUCAUCGCCUCGCUCGCUACUUGGCACUUCCGAUAUUUCGGAAUUACACGUGCAUACUGAAUUUAGCACUUCCAAUACAAACAACAUGAGUCAGAACCCGUCUGGAGACCAUAAUGAGCACUCAAAUAGACGCACCAGAAACCGACAUGCCUACAGAAGCAACUUCCACGGGCAUCCGGACCGGGCAAACCCCAAUCAUCAAGACACAGGCACCAGAGCUACUAGCUAUCUUGCAAUGCUACCAGGAUCUUCACAUUACGAUAUCAACACGGGGACAGAUCAGCUUUAUCAUUGGAACGCCAACUAUGCUCAGAAUGCAUAUGGCAAUCUUCCAGGGCAGUCAGAUAUGCCCCUCCAAGGUCAAAAUGCCGCAGCCCAGGUUGGUAUAACCAGUCAAAGAAGCAUCCAAGGGACCAUCCCGCAGAUUUUUCAAAAUUCCCUGGCUCAUCUUGGCUUGACCCCAGCAACAACUGAAAAUACUCACCCGGGUUUGCCUACAAACCGGCACUUCAACAGUGAAAUCACCUCUCGACAUCAACCGCUCUAUACUGGGCAUAAUCAAUCAGCACCCUCUCAUCGACAGUCUCAACAGCAUAUGACUAACCCGUUUGGGACGAGGGAGGAGCUCGAGGCCGACGAUUAUCAAAGCCCAUUGACAGCCAUGUUCGGCCGUUUUGAGAGGAUACGAGAGGCUCGUGAAGCUCAGCAUGCUGCGCAAUCACAGAGGCAAAAUGGCGGCUCAACUGAUACAUCCGUUUUGACUGCCUCCGGUCAAAGACCAAUUCAUGUCCGCUCGGAGCCUCGUAGGAGGAGAAGACUACCGCGUCAGUCGUCGAAUAGCGGGCCAACUUCUGGAGGACUUUGGACCUCUGACCAGUUCCAGGAGUGGUUUCACACCCGCACAACUAAUCAAAACACAACUGCAAAUGACCUGACUUCGAUACAUCUGGAUGCUACAGAUGACGAAGCUAGCGACUCUAGUCCAAAUCCGAUUGAUCAGCAACAACGAGGUGAUGUCGUUAGUCUUGAGGACUUGGAUGUCAACAUUGCGUGUCAAAUUUGCAAAGAGCAGAAGAUGGACACUCUUCUGGAACCAUGUAUGCAUCUGGCCAUUUGCCAUUGGUGCUCCGACCUGAGCCGCGAGAUGAGCCGCAGACCAGGCGUCGGCUGGCGAUGUCCUAUCUGUAGAGCCAAGGUUCGUAGGUGCAGAAAGGUGUUUCUAAUCACCAGUGAGAAACAUGGGCAGGAUGAGCAAGACGCUCCGAAAGAGCCAAAAGACAACGAGGACUCAAAAGAGAAGCGUGAGUCGAACGCGAACGAGGAUGCAGUGAUGGCUCUAUGAGUUACAACGAACCAAGUUCCACGUUGUCUUUGAUCAACAAGGAACCUCCCACUGAUGUGAACUACGUAUUGGUCAGGAAGUCUGUUGAAUUCGGUUAUGUUUGCGGAUGCAAAGUUUGCAAAAUUGUUCAGUGAUUAAAGCCAUAGACAGUUGCAAACCA